UCUCGCGCGUGCACGCCGCAGGGGCGCCGCAGGCCGCCCCUUCGCUCUGGGACGCGGUCCCCCUGCCUCGGAGACCCCAGCCCCCAGGUUCCCCAGUCCCUCGGCCCCUGGAGGACUCCGCCCGUGCUGCCGCCCAACUCCUCCGCCUUCCCGAGUCGGGUGCGGGCCGGGAGGCUGCGGUGGGGCCCCAAGGCCUUCAGUGGGUCGGCCGCAGCGCCUCUGGAGGCUGAUUCUCGGGUUUCCCCCGUUGCCGCAGCCUGGGCUUCAGUGGCGUUCAGAACAAACCCCAUUGUUCCUCAGAGCGGGGUUUUACCUCCCGGUAGGGAGGUCCCCGCCGUGGCGCAGAAUAGGUCCACCUGGUCUUACGAAGGCACAGAUUCCCUGUCCACAGCUCACAACCAGAUGCACCAGCAGGAGUCAACAUCGAGCACGUCCUCCGGGCAGCACGUCCUACACUCCCACGACCAGUGACCGGGAGUUAAACUUUGCGGUGUGCCCGUGAUGUUGGACCACCAGGACUUAGAAGCCGAAGUCCACCCCUUGAAAAAUGAAGAAAGAAAAUCGCAGGAACAUCUGGGAAACCCAUCGAAAAAUGAGGAUAACUUGAAACGCACACCUCCACAGUCCCGGCUCUCCCGAUGCCGAACGGUGGCGUUUUUUCUUUCAUUGUUUCUCUGCCUUUUUGUGGUGUUUGUUGUCUCAUUCGUCAUCCCGUGUCCAGACCGGCCAGCGUCACAGCGAAUGUGGAGGAUCGACUACAAUGCCGCUGUUAUCUAUGAUUUCCUGGCUGUGGAUGACAUAAACGGGGACAGGAUCCAAGAUGUUCUCUUUCUUUAUAAAAACACCAACAGCAGCAACAAUUUCAACCGAUCCUGUGUGGAUGAAGGCUUUUCCUCUCCCUGCACCUUUGCCGCUGCUGUGUCGGGGGCCAACGGCAGCACGCUCUGGGAGAGACCUGUGGCCCAAGACGUGGCCCUGGUGGAGUGUGCUGUGCCCCAGCCAAGAGGCAGUGAGGCACCCUCUGCCUGCAUCCUUGUGGGCAGACCCGGUUCUUUCAUUGCAGUCGACUUGUUCACAGGGGAAACCCUGUGGAACCAUAGCAGCAGCUUCAGCAGGAAUGCAUCCAUCCUGAGCCCUCUGCUGCAGGUGCCUGAUGUAGACAGCGAUGGGGCCCCAGACCUGCUGAUUUUCACCCAGGAGCAGGAGGAGGUUAGUGGCCACCUCUACUCAGGCAGCACCGGGCACCAGAUUGGCCUCAGAGGCAGCCUUGGUGUGGAUGGAGAAAGUGGCUUCCUCCUUCACGUCACCAGGACGGGUGCCCACUAUAUCCUCUUUCCCUGCGCAAGCUCCCUCUGCGGCUGCUCUGUGAAGGGUCUCUACGAGAAGGUGACCGGGAGGGACGGCCCAUUCAAGAAUGACCCGCACUGGGAGAGCAUGCUCAAUGCCACCACCCGCAGGAUGCUGUCCCACAGCUCGGGAGCAGUGCGCUACCUGAUGCAUGUCCCGGGGAACACCGGCGCAGAUGUGCUCCUUGUGGGCUCAGAGGGCUUCGUGCUGCUGGACGGGCAGGAGCUGACACCCCGCUGGACGCCCAAGGCAGCCCAUGUCCUGAGAAAACCCAUCUUCGGCCACUAUAAACCAGACACCUUGGCUGUAGUCGUUGAAAACGGAACUGGUACCAACAGACAGAUCCUGUUCCUGGACUUUGGCACUGGAACUGUCCUGUGUAGCCUAGCCCUCCCGAGCCUCCCUGGGGGUCCACUGUCCGCCAGCCUGCCGACCGCAGACCACCGCUCAGCCUUCUUCUUCUGGGGCCUCCACGAGCUGGGCAGCACCAGUGAGACGGAGAUGGGGGAGGCCCGGCAUAGCCUGUACAUGUUCCACCCCACCCUGCCCCGUGUGCUGCUGGAGCUGGCCAAUGUCUCUACCCACAUUGUCGCCUUCGAUGCUGUCCUGUUUGAGCCAAGCCGCCACGCUGCCUACAUCCUCCUGACAGGCCCAGCAGACUCAGAGGCACCCGGACUGGUCUCUGUGAUCAAGCACAAGGUGCGGGACCUCGUCCCAAGCAGCAGGGUGGUCCACCUGGGUGAGGGUGAGCCAGACAGUGAUCAGGCCAUCAGGGACCGGUUCUCCCAGCUGCGGUACCGGAGGGAGGCGUAGAGGCACGCCAGCCAGAGCCUGUGGGAGAGACUCCGCCUGCUGACACUAAACGUCCUGGGAAGUGGGCCCCUUCCUGGGUCUCCGCACUGACUCCCCCACUCCUGACCCUGGUGAUGGUUGCCACUGGGCAGCAGCGGCCUUACCAGUCCUCCGUGAUUGCACCCAGGGACGUGCAUGGGUGAGGGGACACCCUGGGCCUCUCUCCCGCCCAGCGUCCUCCCUGAGUCCCCACACAGGGCCCCACUCUGCACCUCACCAGGGUCCCGCUCACACCAGGCAGCCUUCAUAGUGGUCUCCCUGGGCCACCUUGGGCAGAACUGGGUCAUGCAGCACCCCAUCCUUACCCAGUGCCCUCUCCUUGCCAGCUUCUCCCCAGGCCAGCGCGUAGAAGGAGCCAGGGUGUCCCCAGGACAGGCCGUCCCCCACCCCAUCCUGUAGAAGUCCGUUCCCCUUUUCCCUCCUGUGCUCCAUCCCCCAAGGAGUCAUGGAACUCAGGGUACUGGGUCCUGGGACAGCCUCAGGGCCUCAGCAGGAACCUGAGACAGCUCCAGCUUCCCAGCCCUUCCAGGAGCUGCAGGGGGAUCCUCUAGCGUGGGGGGUGUGACUUGGUUCCUUUGUCCAGGCCCUAUGAGGAAGCCCCCAGCAGGAUAGGUGGGGCCUGCUCUGGAGCUGAGCCCACGGCUGCUCACACGUGUCCUUAGUGGAGUUGCAGCCGUGUGCUGGCUGCACGUGCUGUGAAUAUCCCGAGGGCCUGGCUGUGGGAUGCGUGUUUGGGUCAGUCUGUGCCCUCUCAGUAUACACUGGAGCUGCUCGAUCCCUGAAGAGGCCCCGUGCCCCAGGCAUGGCAGGCACCUCACCUCUCCCUUUCCGGUGCUCACACGCCCCGCCGUGUCACCUGAUGCAGGACUCACCUCUGUGCCUUGCUGCUCCUGAGGCCCAAGGGCAGCUGUGGUGCUCUGUGCUGCUGGGGCCACCCAGGCCACAGAGCCUGAGCUUCGUAGCCAAAGCAGCCUGAUGACCCACCUACCAAGGAAGAAAGCAGAAUAAACAUUUUUGCCUGAAAAACCCCCCGGUGGUCAGGCUGAGCCUAG